GUGUGAUUGCGAAAGUAGAAAAGCAGGAUGCUCAUUGCUGCGAGUUGUUUUCUUCGCAUUCAAUGAACGUUGUCUGGCCACCAAAUACUAACUACGUUUCCUGACAGAAAAAUGAAGUGAGCGAGCGCCGUCCCUGAAGAUGUGAGUGUAAGGAGUGGAGUGAGAGAACGCGGAGUGCAAGUGAAACACACAGACUGGAUGCAGCACGCAACGGAACUGAACUGAACGGACUCAGCCUUGUUUUGUAAAAUGGUGCUGUUUUCUGUGACAUCACGAGGGGGAAGAAAGAUUACUUCUGAUCGCUAUAAAUAUAUCCACAUCUGAUGAUUUCCAAUUUGAACCAACUCCCACGGCAGGCUGUGACAGGUUGCUGUGUAUGCAGACAUUUCAGAAGGUAAUUGUAAAUCAACAAGGUUGGAGUGAGACUGAAGUUGCCACAGGGCCGUCAUCCUCCAAGGCCAGUAGCAGUAUCAUGGACUGGUUGAACGACAUCCAUUUGGAGCAGUACACUGACAAUUUCAAGCAGUCUGGCUACUGCACUGUGAAGGACUGUGGGCACUUGAACAACGAGAUCCUCCUUAAAAUCGGGGUUACUCCAACAGGACACCGGAAAAGGAUACUCAAACAUUUGCGCCGUUUACUUUCUGAAGCCGUUGAGUCAAAAGUGUCCAGGUGCUCUCCCAAGUUGUUGUCCAGAGGUACAAAAUUGGAAAGAAGUCCACCCAAGGAUGAGGUUGACAACAACGUCUCCAAACUGAGAACUAUCUUUACUGAAGAUGAUUUGAACUUGAACCCAAUAAACCCAGUGAGCAUCAGAUGUAUUAACUCUAAAAACAAAACUUUGACUUGCCAACUGCAGCAGGUUGAAACGCAGGAGAAAUGUUUGGUUAGUAGAAACCAUCAAAUGUUUUGUUCGGAGACUGACAGUGCCUGCAGUAAUCCAUGUGAACCACAAGAUGAUGUGGAUAGCAGGCCGCCACUUCCACCACGGGUCCGUCAAGGAACUCCGCCUCACAAGUUUACAGGAGACACGAUGUCACUGCCUUCUGAUUAUGUUGAUACCUUACAUUUUCCCUUCACAAGUGAGCAGUCCACAUCUGCAGAAACUAAAUGUGCACCGAGCAGUCCACCAGACUCUCCUCUCUUUGAAUUUCAAGGCGAAAUGAUCCUGAACGAUUUCUAUGAUGGAAUGCUGGGCACUUCAGAGCAAGUUACUUCAUGUCCCUUGAAGCCACUCGAUCUUCGACACAGGCCAAUACCACAGCUCCCAAGUUUGUGUAAAGCACAAGGAGUUAUCCUAGAUGCUACAGACAACAGUUCCUUACUGAAAAGGAGAAACCUCAAUCUCACGCACAUCCCCAGUGGUGACAAUCUGCAAAAUCCUUCGUUGGCCGAUGCGUUAGGAUCUGAUAGAGAUGAGCCCUCUCCUAUCACCCCAUAUGGUGAAACAUUCCUCGACCCCAAAUCUGAAGGUUACCAGAUAUUGAGAAAACAGCUACCUGGUAUGGAUACAUCCGCAAAGUGGUGCAAUGAUGCGAGGAACUGUCAGGGUGCAAAUUUGGAUGUGGAAGGUGCUAGGCUACCAGUAUCACACUCUGACUAUUGCUCUGUAGAGGAAAAAUCUGAAGUAGAAUAUUCCACGGUCGAUGACAGCAUUUGCUACCAGAGGUCGUCUGCUCAGGCACUGCCUAAAGACUGUUGCAGCAUUCAAGCAGCAAGUGAUUACCGGGAGGGUCAUUCGUCACCCUCUGGUUGCACAGAAGAAUCUGCUUAUGGGGAAGUCAAUGAAGAUGAGGAAUCAAUAUCGCCCUACGCUUGCUUCUAUGGUGUAACAAAGAAAUCAAAAGAAGGUUGGCUGGAUAAACUCUCACCACAAGGGAAUUGCGUAUUCCAGAAACGAUGGGUUAGGUUUGAUGGAGAAAAUUUAUCAUACCACAACAAUGAGAAGGAAAUGUACUCAAAGGGAAUAAUUCCACUGUCCUCAAUAAAAUCGGCACAUCGAUUGGGAGACAACAAAUUUGAGGUGGUUUCCUCCAACAGGACUUUUACUUUCAGGGUUGAAAAAGAAGGCGAUAGAGAUGACUGGAUUGACACAAUUUUAAAUGCAUUGAAAUCAGACUCCAGUGUCCUUUCACACCCGAAUAAUCAGUCCACUGCUACAGCUGACAAGUACGGGUCUCUGGAACUAAAGGGCCACAAAGCCAAAGUUUUUGUUGUAUUGCGAGGCAGCAAGGUUUGGCUUUAUAAAAGUGAACAGGAUUUUAAAGGUGGAGUUGGUAUUACAAUAGUACACACAAAUGUGGCAACAGUCAAAGACAUUGAUCGUAAAUGCUUUGAAUUAUCUACUCCAUUCCGAAACUUCAGCUUCACAGCAGAAUCUGAGCGGGAGAAACAGGAAUGGAUUGAAGCUAUGCAAGGAUCAAUAGCGGAAAGCCUCUCAGAUUAUGAAGUGGUGGAGAAGAUCUGGUUCAAUGAGUCGAACAGAAACUGUGCAGAUUGUCGAGCGCCUGAUCCUGAAUGGGCAUCCAUAAAUCUGGGAGUUGUCAUCUGCAAAAAAUGUGCAGGUCAGCAUCGAUCAUUGGGUUCAAAUGUUUCCAAAGUUCGUAGUCUGAAACUGGACACUAGUAUUUGGAGUAAUGAACUUGUUGAGCUCUUCAUUGUGUUGGGAAAUAAAAUGGUCAACAGCUUUUGGGCAGCAAAUCUCAAACCAAGAGAAGAGCUGGAUAUGGAUGCUCCACCAAACCAACGUCUGGAAUUCAUCACGCAAAAAUACAAAGAGGGAAAAUUUCGUAAAAGACUCUCAUCAUUUCUAACACAGGAAGACCUUAACAAGGCUUUAUGUCAAGCUGUUGUGAAACAAGAUAUCUUGGAGACUCUAUCGCUUGUUUUUAGUGGGGCGGAUGUCAUGUGUGCAACAGGAGAAGCAGCUCAUUGUACCCCUUACCUGUUAGCACAGAAAGCUGGCCAACGACUGCAAAUGGAGUUUCUGUUUCACAAUAAACUCUCAGCACUUCCAAAGAUUGAUUCAUUGUCUGAGGCUGGCACUCAUUCUACUAAUUCAUCGUCUACCUUUCUCUGUGGAUUCCUGUACAAGGCUGUUAACACUACCAAAACAGUAACUGAGAAAAGGUUGAAGGAAGAGUUUAGCAAGCGAUGGUGUACCCUAGAAGGUGGAUUUCUCAGUUAUUAUGAGAGUGACAAGUCUGCCACACCAAAUGGGAGGAUUGAUAUCAGUGAGUUAGUCUGUUUGGGAGUGACCAAGUCUGAUCUUACUUGGGGUUCUGGGGUAAGCUAUACCUUUGAGAUGUAUUUGCUGUCAGAACAUAUCUUCUCCUUUGGAACUGAUAAUGUCGAAAUCCUAAAAGACUGGACUAGGGCAUUAACAAAGUGUUUCAUUCCUGAGAUGGUAGAAAUCCUGACCAAAAGAGAUUAUGAACUGAUUGGUCGACUCUAUUACAAGGAUGUGCAUAGUCUAGAAAACUGGAGAGCAGGCUGGUUUGCAUUGGAGAAAUCACAACUCUGCUUCUGCCCCGAACAAAAUGUGUCUGGAGAGGAUUCAGUCCAUCUAAAGAGGCUGCAGGAACUUACGGUCAGCAUCCAGACUAAUAAACACAAUGAGAAGAAGGAUGUGUUGCUACUAGUGGAAAAGGGAAGAACUUUGUAUAUCCACGGUUACACGAAGCUGGAUUUCACGGCUUGGCACGAUGCCAUAAGGAAAGCAGCAGGUACAGAUGGUAAUGCACUGCGAGACCAGCAGCUCAGCAAAAAUGACAUUCCCAUCAUUGUGGACAGCUGUAUCGCGUUUGUUACACAGUAUGGACUUGGCUCUGAAGGAAUUUACCAAAAAAAUGGCACACCAUCACGUGUUAACCAGCUUCUGGAUCAAUUCAGAAAAGAUGCCAGAAACGUCAAGCUAAGAAUCAGGGAACAUCAACUGGGAGACGUAGCGGAUGUGAUGAAGAGAUUCUUGUUCGAAAUAGAUGAUGCUCUCCUCACCAAGGAAUUAUACCCAUAUUGGUUAUCUGCAUUAGACGUGCAAGAUGAAACAGAGCGACUGGAAAAGUACAGGAUGUUAAUAAAGACACUGCCACGAGUCAACCGGACUACUCUUGCAGCACUGAUUGGUCACCUAUACAGGUGUGUGACAUUAGUUAAUGAAGAGCAAGUCAAACAGAUGGAGAUUGAAAAUAGCUUCAUCACAACUUGGAAAGAUACACAGAUUGCACAAACUGGGGAUCUCAUCCUUGAAGUAUACCUGGAGAAGAAGGAGACUGACUGUUGCUUCAUUAUUAGGGUAUCUCCGACAAUGACGGCUGGAGAGCUGACUCACUCUGUCUUAGAAAUAAAGAGCAUCGUUAUUGAGGAGAAGAUUGUUUGGGCCGCGUUUGAAGUGAUAGAGAAUGGAGACCUUGAGAGACUGUUGCACUAUCAAGAGCAUGUGCUGGAACAGGUUCUUCAGUGGAGCAUACUGCCGGAGCCGGAAUCUGCCUACUUGAUCAUAAAGCAAUUUCAAACAGCAAAUGCAAUCAAAAACUACCUAGCAAAGAACAUCAAAGAUUCUGGGAAAGCAGGAACUCUGAAAUGGAGAGAAGAACCAUCAAAACUUUUAUCUGGAAAUAAAUUUCAGGACCGACAUGUAGUCUUGCAAGAUGAGAAGCUACUCCUUUACAAAGAUGCAAAGAGCAACAAACUGGAAAGAGAAGCACUUGUAAAAUCCUUGAAGUUCUACUUUGGUCUGAAAAAGAAACUGAAACCUCCAAGCUGCUGGGGAUUUACACUCUGUUCAGAAAAGCAACAAUGGUACUUGUGCUGUGAUAAGGAGGAGACAUAUUUGGAAUGGUUGGCUAGUUUGCUCAAUGCACAGCACGAGGGUGAUCUUUGGCGAGCUGGUGGAAAGCUGCACAUUUCAUCGAUGAUGCUGGCAGCAAAGCUAGGGAGCAUGGGCAUAGCCCCAAUCCAAGUAUCAACCACUGGAAAGAAAAUGGAACAAAUACAAAAGGAUGCCAGGAAGUUGAAUCUGAAUGAUCUCCUUCAUCAGCCAAGCCGUGAGUAUACCCAUGGGAAAUCACAUCACUUGGCUGCCUGCCUAGAACACUCAGGGAUUUUAUCUGCCAACGGACAAGAGCCAAAUAAGCGCAUUUUACGACCAGGUCAAGCUACUGGAGCACAAAGUGACACAAAGUUAAGACUCCGCCAAGGAUUACAGUGUCCAGGUCAAGCAGAAGUGACGCUUAAUAAAAUGUAUUUUGGAACUGAUACAAAACUUCAUUCAAAACUCAUGCACGAGCUGAACACAGUCUUUCUAAAAAGUAAUCCUCCAUCAAAGCAUGAAUGAAGUGCGUCAUCUUUUAAGAUAUGGAUGGAGAGACCUUCUACUGUGAAGACAUCAUAUGGAUAUUAAAUGGAGAUUUCAUCAAUUUAAGACAUUGAUAAUGAGGUGACUCAUAAUUAGGCCACUUACAUAAGUAAAAGAGCUUGGAUCUACUCCCAAUUGCUAUAUAUUAAAAGCCACACUGAAUCGGUACAAAUACUCAAAGAACAAUUCUGUGGGUGCACUUGAAAUCUUUUCACAUGCAUCAUUACUAAUGGUUGACUUAGAUUCAGUAAUAUAAUUUAAUAUUCACAGCAUUUACAAAGAAGGAACUUGAGACUCAAUUUUGCUUUUUCCUACACAGAAAUUCAAUACGUGGAGGUACAGUAAAUAAUAUUGAUUGAUCACAAUCUGUGAACAAUGAUUAAUUUACUUGGUGUCUUCCGUAUUGGUAGUGGAUUAUGGUGGUGAUUGUUUUUCUGCUUAGCAGUAGAUUUCACCAGAGUACCUCUUCUCCAUUGUCCUAUGUUAUGUCAAUAAAGGGAUAUUUCUGGUUUAAUGUGCCCUACUGUAACAUUAUCACUGCAUUGUCACUUGUAGAAUACACUGCAUGUAUCUUAAAUAAAGCAGAUAACAAUAGUACUGAUUAAUCUCUGGUGACUAUCUCCCUAAAACUAUGGCAUGCUGAUGGCAUGUCCAUAUCUAAUAUGUUGGCCUGAAAACUGGAGUACUUUACAACAAUAGGAAUAGAUAUCGGAAAAAGCAUAAAACUCAUCAGCGAUGACCUAGAAAUUCAUCAAAUGAAAAUAUUUAUUGAUGCGUUUAUUGAUUCCCAAAUUGCUCUUGGCAAUGGCAAAGUUUAAAACUGUAGUGCAUUAAAGCAGGAAACAAUCAAACACCAUUAAGGCAGCUGAAUGAAUCGAAUUGCUGGGCCUGGCAGGCUAAAAUGAUCUGAAAUUUUAUUCAGUUCGUUGUGCUCAUAAUGUUCAUUGGAAAUUCCAUUUAUUUUUCAAGCACCACUGAAACUGCAGCACCGGAACGCUCUUGCAUUAGGCUUUCAUUCUCCAGUGUUUUCCAAUUUCCUGCACCUUUUAAUAUUUAUUUUCCUGUCUGCUGCAGCACCAAAAAAGGCACACUAAAGCCAUUUUUGAUCAGCUACUGGGAUUAUCAGUUAAUGUUGUGAAAA